AUGUUCAAGGGGAGGAAGGAAUGCAAGCCGAUCGCCGAGGUGGAAGGAAUGAUCGGGGAAAUGGACGAAUACUUCAAUGUUGAGAUAGGAUUAUGCCGCACGGCCAUGCGCUUCUAUGGGAUAUGGCCAAAAGAAAGGAAUUUCGCCGUUUACAUACGAUUCGUCAUAUUACUCACUGUUGUCAUGGGAUUUUGCAAUAUUCCGCAAACUGUCAAGUUAUUUAAAGUUAAGAACGACUUCGACGAACUGUUGGAAAUUAUAACAAACUGCAAUCUUGCAGUUAUGAUGUCAGUAUUGAAAACUGUGUCUUUUUGGCGGAAUUACAAAGCUCUAGGUUGGCUCGCCGACGCAAUGGCUAAGGAUUGGACGACAGCGAUGACAGAAAUGGAGCGAAAAAUAACACGAAAGACCGCCAAGCUCAGCCGAUCGAUAACGAUCAUCAUGUUGUGGUCAGUGGAAUCGGCGGUCUUCAGCUUCCUUAUAGUCAACAGUUACUAUCGCUGGAAAGAGUCGCAGCUGUUUGAGCAAGGCAAGAUCAACGCGAGCGAGAGAGUGCGCCCUUUGUAUAUGAAAGCCGAGUUCCCUUACGACAUUCAAAGAACGCCUUAUUACGAAAUCACCUGGAUCCUCCAAUUCCUCUCAACGCUCUUUUCAUCCUCCACUUUCAGCCUGAUCGACGGCUUCUUUUCCACGCUUGUGUUGCAUCUGUGCGCUCAAUUGCGGAAUCUCAGGGGCCAAUUGAAGCGUCGACUGGCAGAAGCUGCUCGCUCUAAAGAUAAUCCCGAUAGCGCAUUAAAUCUCUCGGCCGUCGUGGAGAGGCACGAAUUUCUCAUGCGCUUUGCGCAAACUAUCGAAGAUAUUUUUAAUCUGCCGUUUCUCGUACAAUUACUAUCGUCGAUCCUGAUAUUUUGCCUCUGCAGCUAUCAAAUUGUCAAGGUGAUUACGAGCGACGUCGUGUUUCUGCUCGAUCUCGUUUUUGCAGUCUACUAUUAUAUCAGCGUUGCCGCAAGCCUUUUCGUCUACUGCCUCAUUGCUACGUUGUUAAGUACAGAGAGCACAAAAAUGAGAGAGACCGCUUACAAUAGCGAAUGGUACGAGCUCUCGCCGGCAGAUGCAAGGCCUUUGAUUUUAAUUAUGAUCAGAACACAGCAACCACUGGAAUUCACCGCGGGAAAAUUCGUUGCGUUCUCUUUGGAGCUCUAUUGCAGUGUUCUCAAAACAUCUGUAGGAUACUUAUCGGUGUUGCUGGCAAUGAAAGAUACAUUGCAGGCUGACAGUUGA